AUGUCGUAUUUUUCAAACACAUUUGGCAUUGCUCUUAUUGCUCGUGCAACCUGGAGUAAACAACAUGCGAAGGGUGUCCAAAAAGACUUUGGACGCGACGAAGUUGGGGCUGAAAACUCAGGGAAGUGGAAGUUCGAGUCCAACUCUCUUCCUUCUCUAGACUUUCUUGGUGUCAUCCCACCAUCACCAUUGAUGGUCAAGGUAUAUGAGUGUACUUUUCCAACGGGAGACUAUAAAGGCCUGUGUGCUGUGAAAAUAGUCAAGAUAGAGCCUCAGUAUACUCAAUCGCAAAAGGAGGUGGAGCAACUCACAAAUGAAAUCAAUAUUUUGAAAGAAAUCAGACACUACCGAGUUGUGGCCUAUUAUAAAAGCGUAGAGAAAGACAAUCAUCUCCAUCUAUUUAUGGAAUUGAUGAAAGGGGGAUCAUUGUAUGAUCACAUAAAGAAGAAAAAAGUUCUCUCUGAAAAAGAGUCGAGAAAGUACACCAUGCAAAUAUUGGAAGGAGUAUCUUUUCUACAUUCAAAAGAAAUUAUUCAUAGGGACAUCAAAGGAUCAAACGUCCUUUUAGAUCAAGAUAGAAAUGUAAAAUUGGCAGAUUUCGGACUAUCGAAAAUAAUUCAGAAAAUUGGGAGCAAAACCGCUCUUGAAUCCUAUUACGGCACUCCCUACUGGAUGGCACCAGAAAUAUUGUGGGGAAAAGGAUACGGUAGAAAGGCAGACAUUUGGAGUGUAGGUUGUACAGUUGUGGAAAUGUUGACGGGAAGACCUCCGCUGGGUGACCUUGAACCGGCAGCGGCCAUCUUCCAUAUUGGAUCUAAGCCAACGGUACCAAAGUUGCCGAAGGAAACAUCAAAAGCUACAAAGGAUCUUAUUGCGGCUGCUUUGACAUGGAAACCUCAGAAACGACCAUGGUCGAACGAUUUGCUGGAUGAAUUUUUUUGAAGUGCCGUUCGGAAAUGUUUUUGGGGGCCUCUCGGAUGUUCCAAUCAAAGACUGAUCCAUGUGUCUAUGUAAUGUAAUCAAAGUAAACCAAAACGAAAGUAGUUUUAUAAGAGUUCUUUGCAACUAUGCUUGAUGCAACUCUUGUUAAUAUAAUGAUGGAAUUUAAAAAUGGGAGAGGUUUGGUGAAUUUCCUCCUAUCAGUCAGAAUAAUUGCCCUCCGGGGUCCCUCAGGGAAAAACUUAGACCCAUGACCAUUUCUUGUAUUUAUAAAUAAUUGAUAUGUUGACAAUUUAGCUAAUGUACGGAAGUACGUUGACGCUAUGACCGGAUCUGAAGUCGUUGCCAAGGGCAACCGAAAUUGUACCCUGGAGAUUGCGCAUAAGGUUGCGGAGUGGUCUACGCAGAAUAGAGUCCACCUCAAUAGCGAGAAAUGUAAGGAGCUCAUGAUAUCUUUUGUAAAGGAUAAGCCACAGUUUUUCAUGAUAAUGAACUAGAGAGGGUGUCUAGUGCUAAACCACUAGGUCUGACCAUUACGAGCAACCUUACAUUGAACGAGCAUAUUAGUCAGGCGCAUUUUUCUUUAGAAAGAUGUCUUCAAACCCGAGCCUAGAUUCAUCAGUAGAAGAGUUCAUAGACGGACAGGAAAAUGAAAACACCAAAAGACCAAACACGAUGUUGCUCUGUUCGACGAAUUUCUUGUUUUGAAAGGCGAUUUGAGACAAAUGGACGAAUUGACUCUUCAAGAGCUGAAUGAAGUCUUGGGUUUUCACCUCUGCAUUUCAAAUUUUGAACUUCCUUAGAACUAUCUCGACAUAUUUUCAGGAUGUCUUUUUUUUAAUCUAAUUAGUUCUACCUUUUAACGGGACUUUUGCUAAAUAAUUUAAAUGUAAAGUAUUUUACAAGGAAGCCAUUUCAGUGCAACUCUCGAACAGUGAGGCGGCUUCACCGCGCGUUGUUUUCCUUUGAAAGAAAAUAAAGAUAAGUUUAUCUUUGA